AGGAUUUGGGACUGAAGCACCAAUAAAUGCAGAACUGAUUUAAGUCAUAUUAUUGUUCACAUUGAAGGAAGUCGGAAGUUACAAGUUAAUAUUGGGGGAAAUGGGAAGUGGUAGUUGAAUGAGGACAGAGCGAAGUCUGGACCACUCGGGUUAAAGGAUGAUAUCUUCAGGAUCCCACCACCCUCCUUCCCCACACCCCCUACCUCCUGAGCCUUAAAACGACUGGACGUCAGCGGAUCGAUCGGCGCAGGCGUGAACCAGGAGCUCUGGAUCCUGCUUCAGUGUAAGAAAUGGGGAUGAAUAAUUUUUUAUUCGCUCAGUGCAUCCUGUAUUUUCUGGCGUUUCUCUUUGGCUUCAUCGCCGUGGUGCCGCUGUCUGAGAACAGCAGUGAUUUCCAGGGGAAAUGCCUGCUCUUCACCUGCGGGAUGUGGCAGAAUGAGAACAUCACUGUGGAGAAGCAGCGCUUCAUGGUCGAGGAAUGGGGCCCGGAAUCCGCCUGUCAGUUCACCACCUUCAUCGGACUUUUCAGCCUUCUCCUGUCGGCAAUCCAGGCUUGGAGGCUGCUCUUCUAUCUUUGCAAAGGACAUGAUGACACUUUCUUUGCAACGUUCCUGAAUCUGCUGGUCAGCACAUUUGUGGUCUUCCUUAUCUUCGUGGCAAGUACUCUGGUUACUGUUGGCUUCAAUAUGUGGUGUGAAGCGAUCACUGAAAAUGGAAGGAUGCCUAACAGUUGUGAAGAAUUGCAAGAUAUUGAUCUGGAACUCCAUUUGGAUAACUCAUCCUUCUACGACCAGUUUGCAAUUAUCCAGUUUGGCUUAUGGGCUGGAUGGGCUGCUUGGAUGGCAAUUACCAUUCUGGCGUUCCUGAAAGUGUAUGACAACUAUAGACAGAAGGAGCUCCUCGAUAGCCUGGUCCAUGAGAAGGAGUUGCUUCUAGCAAGAUCAUCCAGGAGACUAUUAGAGCAAGUUGAGAAAAAUGCAUUGAUUUAAGUCCAAUUAUAGUGCAUAUUGUAGAAAGAUGACUCUGCCUGGUAUAAAUCAAUGCUGCAUGUUCUAUGUCAAGGGGAAAAAAUACUGUAAAACAGGAUACUCUCCGUCGUAAUAAUUACUUACAUAAAUAACAACUACGUCUUACUGUAGAUAUUGUUCUUUCAGUGCCUAAUAAACCUUAGUCCAUAAAAUGUAAUGAUUUUAUAAGAUGUUACUGCACAAAAGGUGAUGACUGCUGUAGAGCUAAGUUAAAAUUAAAACUUCUCCUGCUCAUUCUUGAACUUCAAAAUGUAAAGUUGUUGCUAAGAACAAAACUAUCCUGUUUUACAGUAGCAAGCUAAAUAGCAUACAAGAAAUUUCAUGUGAUAAAGAUAAACUUGGUAAUGCAUAAAAAUAAUGGAGGAAAAGAAUUUCCAGCCAGUUAUAUCUCACAUGGUUCAGCAUAUUCCCACUUCUAUGAAAUAUUGUACUGAAAGCAAAUGAAUGAAUUGAUAAAUUAUGCCCACUUUGAUCGCAGUUGGUAAUGAAUUUCAUAUUCAACAUGUCAAUAUUGUUUGGAGUUAAACUCUGUGAAACUUGAAUAUUCUUUCUCAUGACAAUGCAUUGCUUUCGUACUUGAAAAUCUCAUCUGCAAUGUUUAGAAAAUGAUAAUGACGGUUCCUUAGAAGCAGCUGCUAUCUUGCACCACUGAAUGUUUUACCUUAAAUCAAUUGCCUCUCUUCUGCUAAUAAAAUGAACAACAGCAAUUGGAAGCUUAGUGGUAUAAAGCGACAGACUUUAUUGUACCAUAUGUUGCUCAUAAAAAAAAGGAUCCUUGUUAUUAAUGUCAAUUCUUUAACCUUGAUUACAGUGUCCUAUGCUGAAAACCUGUGUAAAAUUAAAUUCAUUCAUAUGCUUGUUUA